AAUGCACGGAAAUUGAGCUGCAAUUAUUUUUAUUUAUUUAUUUUUCCUAUUUUAAUUUAGGAAUGCUGUAAGGGAUGGGAUUGGCGAAUGUGCGGGCUGCGCGAUAGUGGUUGAAUUUGCGGAGCGUGGCAAAGGUAAACAGAGAGGAGGCCCGGCGGUCGCUAGACGCCGGCCUCGGGACUCGGUGACGUUCCGCUACCGGGAAACUGCACUGUUUCGAGGGUUUGGAGGCCGAGGAGUUUAGACUGAUCGCAUCUUCGCUGGAAUGUGAGUGGUUUUCCCCACCAUGGAUGGUGAACUGAGUCCUCAGGAUAAAAAGGACCUGGAUAAGUUUAUCAAAUUCUUUGCCCUGAAGACUGUACAGGUGAUUGUACAAGCACGACUUGGAGAAAAAAUCUGUACCCGUUCAAGCUCUUCCCCUACAGGCUCAGACUGGUUUAACCUCGCAAUAAAGGAUAUUCCUGAAGUUACCCAUGAGGCGAAGAAGGCACUGGCAGGGCAACUUCCAGGAAUUGGGCGGUCAAUGUGUGUGGAAAUUUCUCUGAAGACAUCUGAGGGAGAUUCUAUGGAGUUGGAAACAUGGUGUUUGGAAAUGAGUGAUAAGUGUGAUAAAGAGAUUAAGGUGUCAUACACUGUCUACAACAGACUGUCACUACUAUUGAAAUCACUUCUUGCAAUCACAAGAGUAACACCUGCAUAUAAACUAUCCAGAAAACAAGGACAUGACUACGUAAUCCUGUACAGGAUAUAUUUUGGAGAAGUGCAACUGAGUGGCCUGGGUGAAGGUUUUCAGACUGUACGGGUGGGAAUAGUUGGAACUCCUGUCGGCACUAUUACUCUGUCUUGUGCUUACAGAACUAACCUGGCUUUCAUGUCUGGCAGGCAGCUGGAGCGGACCCAGCCAAUCAUGGGAAUUAUCAUAGACCACUUUGUAGAUCGUCCCAAUAGUGGAUCAUCACCACUUCACCCAUGUAACUACAGGACAGCUAAUGAAGAGGAUACAGGAACUUUUCCAUCUGUAGAAGAUUCUCAGGAAGUGUGCACGACGUCUUUCUCCACUUCCCCUCCCUCACAGCUCUACAGUUCCCGUCUUUCCUGUCAGCCCUUUGCUCCUCUCGGUGGUGGUUCAGCUGACCUAGCCUAUACCCCAGCAGCUUUAACUGCUGCUCAUCCUCAUCAGAUGGCAAUUCCUGGCAAAGAAGGUGGGGUCCCUGUUCUUCCUCAACAUCCUGCCCAUGGUACCCAGGCUGAGAGUGACAGGAUGCCAGCCUGUAAUCCCACGGAUAUGAAUCAACAGGUGCCAGCAACUCCAUCUAGCAGUGGUGAAGCAGAUAUGUUAUCAAAGAGCAGUGAGGGGAAGAGUGGAUCACCACAAGAUGCACUGGAGACUACCUUUACCAGGAAAGUGGGUGCAUUUGUUAACAAACCAGCCAAUCAGGUCACUGCUGUCAAAAUGGAUUUGCCAUUUGCUAUGUUUGCAUCAAAAAUUAUUGAAUCUGAGGACACUGAUUUUAUGGUAAAUCCCCCUGAUUCUCCAACCCAAGAUUCGCCCCUGCAUGCCAGUCUUCAUUCAGACCAGUCCAGCGGUAGCAGUGGCCUCACACAGGAUGAAUUUGUUAUGGUGGAACUUAAGCCUGCCUUCUCAAAGGAUGAUUUUCUACCCAUGGAUCUUGGCACCUUUUAUAGGGAAUUUCAGAACCCUCCUCAGUUGAGCAGUCUCACCAUAGAUAUCAGCGCACAGUCAAUGGCUGAGGAUCUGGACUCCUUACCGGAAAAACUGGCAAUCUAUGAGAAGAAUAUGGAAGAAUUUGAUGCGUUUGUAGACACCCUUCAGUAACCAUUGACAAUAUCUUCCCCAGCUUUAGAAACAAUACCUGCAACAAGCACCAAUGUUUAAAAUUGUUUUCCCUCUAUAAAUAAAAUGUAUAUAUUUUUAGAAGUACAGAAUCCCCUUAUUUCUAUAGAUGUCCAUCUGCAAUCUGUAAGUACAUUUUCUAGUUGCACUUACUGAUCUGCUAUAAUUGAAAAGUGUAAGUCUACCUUACUGUACACAUGUGUAAAUAUCUUGUAAAGCCAAACAACAUUUAAUCAAUGUAUUUCUUUCUAUUGAAGUAGGAAGUUUUGUGUGCUUCUUGCAAGUCUGGUUGUAUUCUAAGGAUGGUUUUUAAUUUAAAUUGCAGCAUGUUCGUUUCAGACCCAAUGAUUUGUAGCUUGUCACUUCACUGUAGAAAAAUAAAACGCUGAACCAUUUGGGCAA